AUGGCUGACAGUAUCCUGCUAAACCCGUUGUGGAAGAACUCAAAAAAACUUGCUUAUUACAACACUGCAAGACAUUCCAGGUAUGGGACACAGUUACUUUUUUUUUGUUUAAGCGGUGGAGAUAUCAUUUUAGAUAUUUUUGCAUUUCAGUAGUUUGGAGACGUUGAAAUAAUGGUGGUUUCGUGGCUCGAGGUAGUUACGCGAGCUAAACAAGCGUUUCCUACCUGGCGCUGCUCUCAACAAACGAAGCAGGGUUAUUUGGAAGCUGUAUGACAACUGUUCAUCUCUCUCGACAUGCGAAGCAGGCAACGACCUAUUACUAUUUUAGGAAUGACUAGGAUUCAGGAGCCCUUUAUUUGCCAAGCACGGCUAACGUUAGAUAACAGAAAAGCCGAGCGUCACAUUACGUGUUUCCACAACUCGCUCCUUCUUUGUCGUCUGGUUAUUUAGCUAGAUAGGUAGGCUAUUGGCAAACAGUGCUUAUAAUUCCACAUUUCCAAGUGAUAACUCAUGAUUUACUUAAGGAAACUAGGUAAUACAGUGUGUAGAUCCACUUAGGCAAAGCGUUUUUCGAAACCAUCUCGUGGUCCAGAUUGGGUGGGCGAGUCACAGUAGGAAGAGAAUUGGAGGCGGGGCGCGUGACUAGAUCACUGAUCAAUAACCUGCUGCUGAAGAGAUGUCCUUGCCGAUGGACCUCGAAUGUGGUCAUUAUAUAGACAAUUCGCUGCUGUGUCUGGGUCAGUGCAUAAAAAAAAGCACUGCCUGCAAACGUGCUUCCCUACUUCCAUACACCACCACAAAAUGUUGCUUGCACUGUUCCUCCAAGACCAACUAGGCAGAAAGGGGUUCCAGGGCCGAAUUUCCAAUGGCGCAUUGCGGGACGAAGUAAGAUUUCCUCCAGUUUAUUCAAUGCUUUCCUCGCAAAUCUUAUGAGAAGUUCCCAGACUUAGCAUCAUAAAUGCAUAAAUCAUUUCCAUUGUUUUCCAAGUAAGGAAAUCCUCAAAGACGCUGCCAUCAGUGCAGUUUCUUUCAGAAUGACUUCCAUAUAAGCCAUGAUACAAUCUAGGCCUACUAGGCAAACUCCCUCCACCACAGCCCCUCAAUGGUCAUGGUCAACAUCCUAUGUCUGACGGAAACUUGUACUUUUCUGAUAAGUAGGAACAUUAGUAGGGAAUCUCCCUGAUUUACUGGCUCAUAGAAGUGUCUGCCUUGGCCAAUUGAACUGCUCUGUAGAGCUAAUAUGCACCAAGUGCUACUAUAUUGGAUGGGUUGACCCUGAACUUGUACUAAUCCUCUGUACUAAAGCCCUCCAUCUGCGCUCACUGUUGAUAUCUUACAAUUACAACAACAGCAAAUUUUCAUUAUCAAUCGGUGCCUUUGUUAAUUUUUGUAUUUGUGGGUGUAAUUAAAAGAUUCAUCAACAAAUGCUUGGCUAGAUUAUUAUGCAAGCCCUGCCAUUUGUCUUGGGCUUGGCAUACCUCUGCACUCCUCCAUUCUGAUGUAGGGGAAGCAUCUUUUCAUUGAUUCGUUAUGUAGGCCUUGGCUAUGCAUUGGAAUUGAAACAGUGCAGGUAUCAUGUUUUGCAAGUUUCCAUAAUGAGACUAUGCAUUGUUGAAAAGAAAUGCUAGACAAUGUAGGCUGAACCAAAUUAGAUGGGUAUGUUGUGCUUGCUGACAACUUUGAAUUAUUUACCAAUUAUGCCUUUGAUAUUUUGAACAGGCCAAUUAUUGCUAGAGGAAAGUGGUUUGUAAAUCUUUUUAGAAAGGAUCUAAUUGCAGAAAUGGAAUAGCUUAUGCCUACCUGUAGAAUAACAUGAACACAGAAAGGAAAAUAGCCAGGGGUUUACACUAACCAGGGGAGAAGCUCUUCUAGCCUAGUGUUAGUGAACCUGAUACCCUCACAGGAUUAAACCAGUUGCAUUGUAACCCAUAUGUCACAAUUUGGCUGUUACAUUGGAGAGCUGACUGAGGCAAGAGGACCAGAAUGUGCAGAUUUCUCAAAUCUAUUUAGUUAUUUUUUAAUUUAAUUUGGUGUUUUUUUUUAAGCUGGUAGAUCUGCUUUAAUAUUGCAGAUUGUGGCUUCUAUCAAUGUAAUUGUCUGCAUCAUUUCCAAUCCCAUAUAUAUAUAUAUAUAUAUAUAUAUAUAUAUAUAUAUAUAUAUAUAUAUAUAUAUAUAUAUAUAUAUAUAUAUAUAUACACUACCGUUCAAAAGUUUGGGGUCACUUAGACAUUUCCUUGUUUUCGAAAGAAAAGCAAAUUUUUUAUCCAUUAAAAUAACAUAAAAUUGAUCAGAAAUACAGUGUAGACAUUGUUAAUGUUUUAAAUGGUUAUUGUAGCUGGAAACGGCAGAUUUUUAAUGGAAUAUCUACAUAGGUGUACAGAGGCCCAUUAUCAGCAACCAUCAGUCCUGUGUUCCAAUGGCACGUUGUGUUUGCUAAUCCUAGUUUAUCAUUUUAAAAGGCUAAUUGAUCAUUAGAAAACCCUUUUGCAAUUAUGUUAGCACAGCUGAAAACGGUUGUGCUGAUUAAAGAAGCAAUACAACUGGCCUUCUUGAGACUAGUUGAGUAUCUUGAGCAUCAGCAAUUGUGGGUUCAAUUACAGGCUCAAAAUGGCCAGAAACAAAGAGCUUUCUUCUGAAAUUCGUCAGUCUAUUCUUGUUCUGAGAAAUGAAGGCUAUUCCAUGCGAGAAAUUGCCAAGAAACUGAAGAUCUCGUACAAUGCUGUGUACUACUCCCUUCACAGAACAGCGCAAACUGGCUCUAGCCAGAAGAGGAGUGGGAGGUCCCGGUGCACAACUGAGCAAGAGGACAAAUACAUUAGUGUGUCUAGUUUGAGAAAUGGGCGCCUCACAGGUCCUCAACUGGCAGCUUCAUUAAAUAGUACCCGCAAAACACCAGUUUCAACGUCAACAGUGAAGAGGCGACUCCGGGAUGCUGACCUUCCAGGCAGAUUUACAAAGAAAAAGCCAUAUCUCAGACUGCCCAUCUUAAUGUUUUAUUUUUAUUGGCCAGUCUGAGAUAUGGCUUUUUCUUUGCAACUCUGCCUAGAAGGUCACCAUCCCGGAGUCGCCUCUUCACUGUUGAUGUUGAGACUGGUGUUUUGCAGGUACUAUUUAUAGAAGCUGCCAUUUGAGGACCUGUGAAGCGCCUGUUUCUCAAACUAGACACACUAAUGUAUUUCUCCACUCCUCUUUCUAUUCUGGUUAGAGCCAGUUUGCGCUGUUCUGUGAAGGGAGUAGUACACAUCAUUGUACGAGAUCUUCAGUUUCUUGGCAAUUUCUCGCAUGGAAUAGCCUUCAUUUCUCAGAACAAGAAUAGACUGACGAGUUUCAGAAGAAAGCUCUUUGUUUCUGGCCAUUUUGAGCCUGUAAUUGAACCCACAAUUGCUGAUGCUCAAGAUACUCAACUAGUCUCAAGAAGGCCAGUUGUAUUGCUUCUUUAAUCAGCACAACAGUUUUCAGCUGUGCUAACAUAAUUGCAAAAGGGUUUUCUAAUGAUCAAUUAGCCUUUUAAAAUGAUAAACUUGGAUUAGCAAACACAACGUGCCAUUGGAACACAGGACUGAUGGUUGCUGAUAAUGGGCCUCUGUACGCCUAUGUAGAUAUUCCAUAAAAAAUCAGCCGUUUCCAGCUACAAUAGCCAUUUACAACAUUAACAAUGUCUACACUGUAUUUCUGAUCAAUUUGAUGUUAUUUUAAUGGACAAAAAAUUUGCUUUUCUUUCAAAAACAAUGACCCCAAACUUUUGAACGGUAGUGUAUAUAUUAUUUUAAAUAUAUUUAUUUUGGAUAGUUAGUCCAGUAUCAUUGUGAGGCCCUCCUUUACCUGGUACUGUAGUAGUCCUACUCCAAAUUCCUUAGAAAGUCCUCAUGAAUAAGACAUUAUGUGUUUCCUGUGUGCUCUUAGUGAUAAUGUGAGUGGUGUACGCUACUCCAGGGCAUAGGAACCAAGCCAACCUUUCCUCUGGCUUAAUUCUAUUUGUCAGUAGUCUUUCAUUCCCACAUCAGAGGUAUUAAAGCUGUAAAAUGCAGUAGAGAAUAGUUUACAUGCAUCGAUACUGUAGGGUCCAUACAUGUCUGGAUCUGGAUGCUAGGAUCCUAUUUGUCAAGUGAAAAAUGUGGCCCAGUGGAAUCGAUGUAAUGCAAUAAAGCAGGCGGAACGUGUCAGGAAUUUUUUUUUAAGGAGUUGAACCUGUUGUUUAUCAGAGUGGUAGUGAAACUAACUGACAAAUGUUGAAGUUCCUCUGCUUUAAGGUUGCAAUCAAUACAGAUCCUCACUCUGAUAGGCCUUUGUUGUUGUCUGGGUAAACAACUGUCUAGAAUGUUCUGCCCUCUCUUUACUAUUGUUACUUCCCAAGUUCUCACUUUUACCAUGAAUUCCUUCCUGUUUUUGUAAAGAUUGUGGUGUAACAACAAGACCAGUUGUCAAAUGUCUGUAUUUUGUAAGCAUACAUGCAUUUGCUCUAAGGUCUCUUCUGUCAAUAUGUUCACUGCAGGUUUGUUAGGAUCUGUACCUGCUUGGUAUUAACUUGUACCUAGCUGUAUUAUUUAGAGUAUAGUCUAUUGUUCUUCCUUUCCAGGUGUUCUUUAGAAGAUGAACCCUCUAACUUGGACGAGAUGCCGCUGAUGAUGUCUGAGGACGUUUUUGAGAAUGAUAAGAGUGACUACCACACCCUUCCUCGGGCCAGGGUCAACCAGAGACCUAGAGGCCUGGGGUGGUUCCUCAUGGGGGGCUGGAAGAUCCUCUGUGGCAGGUAAGUGGAACCACUAACUUUUGGGCUGCAUCCCGAUUCUCCACCCCUUCUACUGAAGUGUGCACUUGCACACUCCCCGUCAAAGAUUUAACAAUGGUGGAAAAUUCGUCCAGCUAAUGCUUACACCAAUCCAAUGCUAUUAAAUCCAUGUCGAGAAUAGGCAAGUGUGCACUUUGGGAGGAGGGUGCCGAAUUUUGAUUUGAAGACUGAGGUCAAACAAUACGACGCAGCUUAUCCAGCUAAUGAUUCAUUUGACGGGUACUAUCCUCUACUGAAAUACCAUUUACAAUGUGUGAGAGUAAAACAUUUAUCAGCACUAACACCAAUAAAAUGUAAUACGGUUUGUAAACAAAUGGUAGAGGGAUAUUUUAAUGCUAAACAAAUAACUUUUAGCAAUGUUUAUCCAUGAAUUUGAUAGAAUUACAUUUUGGUUUGGUUAUCAGUGGUGCAUCUCCAGCUCAUGCUGCAUAUUGAUAUUUUCCCUAAUGAACAAAUCAGAUUUUUCACAGCUGACCAGUUUGAUGCUUUCCAGUAAUUUUAUGAAUGCUUAGCAGAGGAUUAUAAAACACAAAUAAUUCAUGCAGAAUAACCGUGCUUAUUCAAAUGUCCUAUUGUUUAAAUAGUAUUAAUUUGAGCAAAUAAUCUCUCUUGUGAAUCUGGAUGGUGGCGUGUAGAGAGGGUUUACAUAGAAGCCAACACAAACACAUAUUUUGUUAAGUUGAUUUAUGUUGCUUUGUGUUUUGCCAACGUGCUUAAAGACUGUAAAUGCCAAGGCAAUCAGCAUGACAGUGUACACCACCAUGACGCCAGACUUUCUCCUCUAGUGCCAGAGCUUAGGGCAUAGGCCUAGUCAGAUCAAACUGAAUAUAGGCCCAUAUGGGUUAGCUAUCCGUACCACUAGUUGGUUGAAUAAAGACAAGCAAUGCUAUUUUUAUCACACAAAGUACUGUACUGAGACUGGACUGAAACCGAUAUCGUCGCCUCUUCGCAACCUCUUGUAGACUCACAGAUGCAUGGGAAAUGGAUGAUCUCUGGAUGUUACCAGCGCCACUCAGCCACCCCUGGAAAAACUCACAAAGAAAUCUGUAGAGUUGACAAUCUCUGCAAUUAUUAGUAAAAAACAUUUAUUCCAUAUGUCUGUCUCUUGAGUGGGACUUGACACUGGUCUCUUCAGCAUGCAAUGAAGUCUGGCUGCCGUAGCAUUCAAUUCAUUCAGGAAUCCGCCCUGGAGUGCUCAUAACCUUUUCAGUUCAUUUAAUGAACAGUAUGAACAUUUGGGCUCCUGAGUGGCGCAGCGGUCUAAGGCACUGCAUCUCAGUGCUUGAGGUGUCAUGACAGACCCCCUGGUUCGAUUCCAGGCUGUAUCACAACCGGCCGUGAUUGGGAGUCCCAUAGGGCGGUUGUUGGCCCAGCGUCGUCCAGGUUUGGCCGGUGUAGGCCGUCAUUGUAAAUAAGAAUUUGUUUUUAACUGACUUGCCUAGUUAAAUAAAGGUUAAAUAAAAAGAGUGGGCUGGACCACCACAGUGUUUCUCGUCAACGAGCUAAGUGCUAUGAACGAGAAGAGGCCUAGCCUGCUCAUGCUCAUGUGUACUCAAAUCUGUACUAGUCUCUACCAUGCAGUAUCCAAGCUGAUCUCCAGUGAUACAGUAACAAUCCCAUGAUCAUUGUGUAAAGUAACCGCUCCAUAGCUAGAGGUAAAUGUUACGCAGCUUUCUUUGGUAGCUCACCAGACCUAUUUUAUUUCCAUAGCAGCGACACCACACUUCAGACCUUUACAAAGGCUAUCAUGAGGAAAGCAGUCCUAUUUAUUUAGGUAAUUCUGUUUGUUGAAGACAACCAUGAAAGCAAAAACCUUGUUUGGGGCGUAUGUACUCAUAAUUCCAAUUAUGUUUCUUAAGAUGUCAUUCUUUAUUUGUUUCUUCCAUUCUUGGACUACUACUCACUGGAAUAAGGGAUUCUCGUGACAAUGUCACCUGUGGCUUGUUAUUCACAAUAAAGAAAGUUGUGAAGAUGACGUCUUUCAUUCUGUCCUUCAGCUGCUGUGACUGCUUGGCUCGUACGUGUCGGAGGAAGAAGGAGCUGAAAGCCCGAACAGUGUGGCUGGGCCACCCGGAGAAGUGUGAGGAGAAGUACCCCAAGAACGCCAUCAAAAACCAGAAGUACAACCUUUUCACCUUUGUACCUGGGGUGAGUUUACACACAGGGCUGUAUGUUAGCUUACCGAUCAGGGUGCUCUUUAGACAUACGCUAUAUAUGCCAAAGUAUGUGGACACUCCUUCAAAUUAGUGGAUUCGGCUAAACAGUGGUGAAAUAAAAUGCAUGUAUUGAACUUUGGUCCUUGAAAAGCAUCUACAAUAGAUGGCCAAAAGUAUGCGGACAACCCAUCUAAUGAGUGGAUUCGGCUAUUUCAGCCACAACCGUUGCGGACAGGUGUAUAAAAUCGAGCACACCGGCCGUACAAUUUCCAUAGACAAACAUUGGCAGUAGAAUGGCGUUACUGAAGAGCUCAGUGACUUUCAACGUGGCACCGUCAUAGGAUGCCACCUUUCCAACAUGUCAGUACCUCAAAUUUCUUCCCUGCUAGAGCUUCCCCGGUCAACUGUAAGUGCUGUUAUUGUGAAGUGGAAACGUCUAGGAGCAACAACGGCUCAGCCGCGAAGUGGUAGGUCACACAAGCUCACAGAACGCGUCCGCCGAGUGCUGAAGUGUUCCAAACUGCCUCUGGAAGCAACAUCAGCACAAUAACUGUUCGUCUGGAGAUUCAUGAAAUGGGUUUCUAUGGCCGAGCAGCCGCACACAAGCCUAAGAUCACCAUGCGCAAUGCCAAGCGUCAGCUGGAGUGGUGUAAAGCUCGCUGCCAUUGGACUCUGGAGCAGUGGAAACGCGUUCUCUGGAGUGAUGAAUCACGCUUUACCAUCUGGCAUUCCGACGGACGGAUCUGGGUUUGUUGGCUGCCAGGAGAACUCUACCUGCCCGAAUGCAUAGUGCCAACUGUAAAGUUUGGUGGAGGAGGAAUAAUGGUCUGGGGCUGUUUUUCAUGCUUUGGGCUAGGCCCCUUAGUUCCAGUGAAGGGAAAAAUGCUACAGCAGACAAUGAAAUUCUAGACGAUUCUUUGCUUCCAACUUUGUGGCAACAGUUUUUGGAAGGCCUGUUCCUGUUUCAGCAUGACAAUGCCUCCAUGCACAAAGCUAGGUCCAUACAAAAAGGGUUUGUCGUGAUCGGUGUGGAAGAACUUGACUGGCCUGCACAGAGCCCUGACCCCGACCCCAUCGAACACCUUUAGGGUGAAUUGGAACGCCGACUGCGAGCCAGGCCUAAUCGCACUACAUCUGUGCCCGACCUCACUAAUGCUCUUGUGGCUGAAUGAAAGCAAGUCCCCGCAGCAAUGUUCCAACAUCUAGUGGAAAGCCUUCCCAGAAGAGUGGAGGCUGUUAUAGUAGCAAAGGGGGGACCAACUCCAUAUUAAUGCCCAUGAUUUUGGAAUGAGAUAUUAGGUGAGCAGGUGUCCACAUACGUUUGGUCAUAUAUGAAAUGUGUCUUGCUAAUUGACAAAAUAAAUGUAUAUUAUACUGAACAAAAAUAUAAAUGCAACAUGCAACAAUUUCAAAGAUUUUACUGAGUUACAGUUCAUAUAAGGAAAUCAGUCAAUUGAAAUAAAUUCAUUAGGUCCUAAUCUAUGGAUUUCGCAUGACUGGGAAUACAGAUAUGCAUCUGUUGGUCACAGAUACCUUAAAAAAAGGUACGGCCGUGGAUCAGAAAACCAGUCAGUAUCUGGUGUGACCACCAUUUGCCUCAUGCAGCGUGACACAUUCCCUUUGCAUAGAGUUGAUCAAGCUGUUGAUUGGGGCCUGUGGAAUGUUGUGCCACUCCUCUUCAAUGACUGUGCAAAGUUGCUGGAUAUUAGCUGGAACUGGAACACGCUGUCGAUCCAGAGCAUCCCAAACAUGCUCAUUGGGUGACAUGUCUGGUGAGUAUGCAGGCCAUGGAAGAAAUGGGACACUUUCAGCUUUCAAGAAUUGUGUACAGCUCUUUGUGACAUGGGGCAGUGCAUUAUCAUGCUAAAACAUGAGGUGAUGACGGCGGAUGAAUGUCACGACAAUAGGCCUCAGGAUUUCUUCACGGUAUCUCUGUGCAUUCAAUUUGCCAUCGAUAAAAUGCAAUUUUGUUCACUGUCCGUAGCUUAUGCCUGCCCAUACCAUAACACCACAUCCACCAGGGGACACUCAAACCGCUCUCCCUGCCAAAUUCUCUAAAACGACGUUGGGACGGCUUAUGGUAGAGAAAUUAACAGUUAAAUCUCUGGCAACAGCUCUGGUGGACAUUCCUGCAGUCAGCAUGCCAAUUGUACGCUCCCUCAACUUGAGACAUCUGUGGCAUUGUGUUGUGUGACAAAACUGCACAUUUUACAGUGGCCUUUUAUUGUCCCCAGCACAAGGUGCACCUGUGUAAUGAUCAUGCUGUUUAAUCAGCUUCUUGAUAUGCCACACCUGUCAGGUGGAUGGAUUAUGUUGGCAAAGGAGAAAUGCUCGCUAACAGGGAUGUAAACAAAUGUGUGUACAAAGCUAGAGAGAAAUAUGCGUUUUCUGCAUAUGGAAAAGUUAUUGGAUCUUUUAUUUCAGCUCAAGGAACAUGGGGCCAACACUUUACAUGUUGCGUUUUAUAUUUUUGUUCAGUUUAGAUGUACCAAUGUAUAAUAGUUCAGGCUGUAUACAAUUCCAACAUAUUUUGAAAUAUUGAUAGAACAUGCGUUGAAGAAAUUGUGGUCACGAACUGAGAUGUUAGGUUUCCAACAUAUGUUUUACUCUGAAGGAAAAGCUUAAGAUCAAUCAAAGCUCUUUAUUAAAAAACAAAUGACUUCAUGAUGAAGAGACUGACCUUCUGUCAGAGUGAUAUACAAUGUAAGCUGUCUCUCAGACAUAAAUAUUCUCAUCCAUAUUGAGCCAAACCCUCUUUUUCUCCUCCACUUUGAAUUAUUAAAUACACAGUGAUUGAUUUAGCAGUGUGCUUCAUCCUAAAUGUCAAGGAGUUCAUUAACUAUAGAGCGUCAUUCAUUGAUCCUAUUGGCUAAUAAUCUAGGACUGUGAACCAGGCGCUCAUAAUUGUGAUCAUUACUCAAAAUCUGAAUUAUGCUAUCUGAACUAGUGAUGACGUUCUAGGCCGAUAUCCAUAUGGCAACCUAUUUGAAAGCAGAUAUUUCCUGCAACCCUAAUCUGUACUCACUCUGCUAAAGAAGUUCAAACUCCCCACAGAAGUACCACCCACAAGUUGAUAGUGUCUGUAAAAUGUGGUCAGUUCACCACACCUGGGACUCUUGUGUGACACUUGUCGUGUUGUGUGUUCCAUCUGAUACGUCUACUCUUGCAAUUUCCCCUUGAAAUAUCUUCCACUUGAAACAAAAGCUCAUCUAGACCAACACAAUACAGUACUAUCAAGACAAUGAGCACCUUACAUUGCAUAGCCCUACUUAUUUAACCUGUUGCUUUGCUUCGUAGUUUAUUCUGUCAGACUCAGGACGUGCCCAUCUCUGCCAUUGGGAACACUGUGACUUUGCAAAGUGAAAUCUGUACCUCAAUGUAAUUAAAUAGAGAACUUAAAAAUAUACUGUUUUCUUCCAUCCCUUAUCAGUCUAAUGUGUAACAAGUAAGAGGAGAGCUGUUGUGUCUUUUCCACUUCGAUGUGUAACCCAGCCGGUGUGGCUGUUGACUGCGUUCUGUCUUCUUCAGUGCAGAUCGUUUCACCUUGCUGGUAGUGUAUUGACUCACCAUGCUGAAUCACUAUCUCUUUUCUUAUUCUUCUCAGGUUCUCUACCAGCAGUUCAAGUUCUUCCUGAACCUGUACUUUCUAGUGGUGGCCUGCUCCCAGUUCGUGCCAGCCCUAAAAAUAGGCUACUUGUACACGUACUGGGCACCUCUGGUAAAUGUGUUUUUCACUUUUCAGGAUUAGUGUGAAUGCUUUAUAUAGGCUAAACUUAGUGUUUUUUAACACAAAAACAGACAUUGUCCCAGUCCUAAAAUAUGAACACUCUUGUAUUACUUGAAUUACAUCCUGACAGGACUUGUUAUGUGUGGUAAAUGUUAACUGCGUUUUUAUUUCUGCCACCCAGGGCUUUGUGAUGGCUGUUACAAUGGUACGUGAGGCGGUGGACGAGGUCCGACGGUACCAGAGGGACAAGGAGAUGAACUCCCAGCUCUACAGCAAGCUCACAAUGCGAGGUUCAUAACAAAACAUGUUUCCUCCUUCUCUGUAUGGAUAAAGAUACAACUGUAACUGUUAUGGAAAUGGCUACUCCUCUGCUCACAGUUGAUUGGUCACAUGAUGCUGAGAGAUAUUGUAGUUAAGCUUGCCCCAUUGAAGAAACGACACUCACAGGGAUCUGCACUGUAACAACAGUCAUUCUUCUUGCAGUAAUUGCAUGUAUUUAUUUUCCAAGACUGUAUUAUCUAAGAUCUCCCAGUUGUGUGUGAGGAAAAUCCCCUAAUGUGAUAUCCAUGACACUGGAAAGGGAUGUAAUUUUCACAUGGAGAAUGUGUGUGUGUGUGUGUGGGAGAGAGACGAAAUAGGGUAUUGAAUGGAUAUAAUUGAGUGACCUGGUGUGCCCAUGUUUUGGUCUAUGACUCAGACCAGCAGUAGCGGUGCGUGAGUAAAAUCACUGGGGAAGCCAAGCCAGGGAAAAAAGCCAUAUUACAACCUACGUGUUGUGAUAAUUGUGUUGUGUGCUCUGUGACCUGUUAGGCCUAUAUAUAUCACGGUGUCAAGGCAUAUGAACUAAUGCCGAGACAACAAGAAGACAGUGGCAGAAUAAAUUCAACCACACCUUUGUUUCAUCACAACACCGGAGAGCAACAUCUGUCCUGUGAAGUCCACAAAGCAUAUUGCAUGUAACGAACAGUUACAUGACCUACACCUUGGUCAAUCAAGUUAAUGUUUCCGACAUGUUCGGACUACUAAAUAACUAUUGAUUUAGAACCACGGAGAGUUACCGCAAGUCGCAAAGAAAACAGGCGCUUUCUUCACUAUUCCAGCACCAUUUCAACUUCAACAUCAUCUAAUUGCCUAAGCUGAGUCUAAUACAGUGACAACUAAAAGAUACCAAAAACGAUUUAGGCCAAUCAAAGUAAGCUAAAUCUGAAGUGGCUGUCCAUGGUACUUGUGUGUGUGUGUGUGUGCGGCAAGUAUUAAAAACAUGUUGACUCACCCUACUUGUAGAGAAACAGCAAUGCCAUCCUCCUCUUUCAUGUUGCCUGAACGGGCUAUGACUCUGUCAUACAGUACAUGCUUUUAGUUUUAGUUGUCCUAGGCAACAUGGUUAAAAGGCUUGCUCACUAGCCUAACUUCCUUUCAUGGGCAACGAUGCGCCAGGCCAGCUAGUUAACAUUAGUAUACUACAUCUAGCUACACGUUGAACUUCCACAAUGUAUGAAUUUAUGGUUGGAUCAGAAUCGCCGUUAUAAUCAUUUGCCAGUACAGAGAAUUAAGUAAAACCACAAGUCCAAAUCCCUAUCUCCAUCCAUGGCUAAUUUAGGAAAGGGACGAUUUUAGCUAGCCACCGGAGGACAACGUCACAACGAGAUGAUGCAACAAUUAAAUUUUUUUCUGUCAAUGACGUUUGGCUUGUGAUGUGAUUGGUGUGAAGCCAAAUCCAAACUGGCUUCCCUUGACACUUUUUUGUUGUUGCGCCAGGACCAUUCACAGCUGCGCUCACUCAGUUUAGCUCAAUGGCUAUUGUUUUAUAUAUUUUUUUUAUCAAGGUAGGCCAAAUGCUCGCUGGCUUCCCUUACACUCAAUGCUUCGGCCAGCAACAAUGUCAUACUCUCUUUAACCAGACAGCAUCAGAUGCACUACAUGGCCAAAACUCAUUCCAAAAUCAUGGGCAUUAAUAUUCAUCACUCCAGAGAAUGUGUUUCUACUGCUCCAGAGUCCAAUGGCGGUGAGCUUUACACCACUCCAGCUGAUGCUUGGCAUUGCCCAUGGUGAUCUUGGCUUGUGCGGCUGCUCGGCCAUGGAAACCCAUUUCAUGAAGCUCCCGACGAACAGUUAUUGUGCUGACGUUGCUUCCAGAGGCAGUUUGGAACUGUAGUGAGUGUUGCAACUGUGGACAGACAAUUUUUAGGUGCUACGCGCUUCAGCACACGGCGGCCCCGUUCUGUGAGUUGUGUUGCCUACCACUUUGCGGCUGAGCCGUUGUUGCUCCUAGACGUUUCCACUUCACAAUAACAGCACUUACAGUUGACCGGGGCAGCUCUAGCAGGGCGGAAGUUUGACUUGUUGGAAAGGUGGCAUCCUAUGACGGUGCCAUGUUGAAAGUCAUAGAGCUCUUCAGUACGGGCCAUUCUACUGCCAAUCUUUGUCUAUGGAGAUUGCAUGGCUGUAUGCACGAUUAUAUACACCUGUCAGCAAUGGGUGUGGCUGAAAUAGCCGAAUCCACUCAUUAGAUGGGUUGUCCGCAUACUUUUGGCCAUCUAUUGUAGAUGCUUUUCAAGGACCAAAGAGCAAUACAUGCAUUUUAUUUCACCACUGUUUUAAACAUUCAUAGUGUGUCUUAUGAUGUAGUCAAUCUUCAGUCAAUGUGUCUGUAAAGAAACCACUUUAGAGAUUCCUUUCUCUUUGUCUGUCUAUUUACAGACAUUUCUGACCUUGGUUCUGCUACUUUCCUCUCAGGUAAAGUUCAAGUGAAGAGUUCUGACAUACAAGUUGGUGACCUCAUCAUAGUUGAAAAGGUGAAUCAUUUGUUAAUGUGUGAGCAAUGUUGUAAUCCUGUAAAAUCACUUUGUAUUUGAGUAUCAUAUGGCCCUGAAUGAUUCAUAUGACUGGAUCACUGUAACUGCCUGCUCAAGGAAGUGACAUUGUUCAAUUAUUCAGGAAUAUCCCGGGACUAGUGUUACUGCUCUCGCUAACAUUUUGACACCGUUAAUACUCUUAGUUAGUGACAGUUUACUAUCUAAUUCUCACCUUUUUUUCUGUUUAGUUCAUUAUAAUGUUAUGUUUUGUUGCAGAACCAAAGGAUCCCUGCAGAUAUUGUAUUUCUAAGGACAUCAGAGAAGACUGGUGAGUUGUAGGAGCUCUAAGUGUCUGUAACAUAGACUAAGCACAUUACAUUCCCAAAGCACAACAAAUAUCAUCUGUGUAAUUAGACAACAAAGUUUGACAUUAACAGACCACUACAAAGUUACAUGGUCCAUAUCAAUCUUUAGGGGAAGGGAUUAUUCAGAUAGAGUAGUGUUAUUACAUUUUCCAGUCAGUAACUUUAUGCUUUCCCCUGUCAUGUUCAUCAUAGCUAAUAAACUCAGCAAAAAAAAGAAACGUCCUCUCACUGUCAACUGCGUUUAUUUUCAGCAAACUUAACAUGUGUAAAUAUUUGUAUGGACAUAACAAGAUUCAACAACUGAGACAUAAACUGAACAAGUUCCACAGACAUGUGACUAACAGAAAUGGAAUAAUGUGUCCCUGAUAAAAGGAGGGGUCAAAAUCAAAGUAACAGUCAGUAGCUGGUGUGGCCACCAGCUGCAUUAAGUACUGCAGUGCAUCUCCUCCUCAUGGACGGCACCAGAUUUGCCAGUUCUUGCUGUGAGUUGUUACCCUACCCUUCCACCGAGGCAACUGCAAGUUCCCGGACAUUUCUGGGGGGAAUGGCCCUAGCCCUCACCCUCCGAUUCAACAGGUCCCAGACAUGCUCAAUGGGAUUGAGAUCUGGGCUCUUCGCUAGCCAUGGCAGAACACUGACAUUCACGCACAGAACGAGCAGUAUGGCUGGUGACAUUGUCAUGCUGGAGGGUCAGGAUGAGCCUACAGGAAGGGUACCACAUUAUUGCCUUACCUCCAUAACUUGCUACAUUUGCACACACUGUUUCUAGAUCUUCUAUUGUGUUAUUGACUGUACGUUUUGUUUAUUCCAUAUGUAACUCUGUGUUGUUGUUUUUAUCACACUGCUUUGCUUUAUCUUGGCCAGGUCGCAGUUGUAAAUGAGAACUUGUUCUCAACUGGCUUACCUGGUUAAAUAAAGGUGAAAUAAAAAAAUCAACAAAAAAAAAGGGAGGAGGAUGUCAUCCCUGUAACGCACAGCGUUGAGAUUGCCUGCAGUGACAACAAGCUCAGUCCGAUGAUGCUGUGACACACCGCCCCAGACCAUGACGGACCCUCCACCUCCAAAUCGAUCCCGCUCCAGAGUACAGGCCUCGGUGUAACGCACAUUCCUUUGACGAUAAACGCGAAUCCGACCAUCAUCCCUGGUGAGACAAAACCGCGGCUCGUCAGUGAAGAGCACUUUUUGCCAGUCUUGUCUGGUCCUGCGAAGAUGGGUUUGUGCCCAUAGGCUACGUUGUUGCUGGUGAUGUCUGGUGAGGACCUGCCUUACAACAGGCCUACAAGCCCUCAGUUCAGCCUCUCUCAGCCUAAUUGUUUAUGGUUCAUUGAACAAGCAUGGGAAACCGUGUUUGAACCCUUUACAAUGAAGAUCUGUGAAGUUAUUUGGAUUUUUACGAAUUAUCUUUGAAAAACAGGGUCCUGAAAAAGGGACGUUUCUUUUUUUGCUGAGUUUAUUUAUGUGCAAUUUCAGUUAUAGAGCAGAGAAAGUAUAGUCAUGUCAGUUCAAAUAUCCCACUUAUAUCCCACCUUGUCUUUCUAUCUAAUUGAACUGUAGCUCAAUGAAACUAACCUUUCUGGAAAAGUAAAGUUGAGUUUCGUACCACGUUUACCAGAAAACAGUACUGUAGAUUGAAUAAAGAGUGAGAAUGAUAAACACCUGAACAGAUUCUUUAAAGUUAUGAAAGUAAUCAAAUGUAUUUGAUAUAAACACAUGUUCCAAUUUCUAAAGUGUUACAUAUUAAAAUCCAUGACUGCCAAAGCCUAUCCUGUCCUCACAGAAUUCAAUCAUCCUCUCCUGUCACAUUAUAGGAAAGUAGCAGGAUUUCGCCUAGGUCUGGCUCUCUGUCCAAAACAGAUUAUAAUUUCUGAUAGAUUUAGGGACUGUCUGCUGUGGCAGUUUGACCUAUACAUAUCUCAUGCAAAACCCUGCCCUCAAAAGUACAAUAUGAAUCAAAAUCAAACUAUUUUGCAUUUACAACCAACAAAACCCUGCCCUCAAAGUAAAAUAAAUAAAAUAAAAAAUAACCUGUAACUUUUACUAUAGAUACAGUACUACAGAAUGUAAUGCAUGACCCUUCUGCAUGACGAUAAGGGACAGUGAUAAUCUCAGUGUGGUAUUACUGACUCCUCUCAUCAAAGGCCUCUGUGUCCUCUACCAAUGGCUGAUUGGCUGGGGAAUGUAAACAACAUCCCAGAGUCCUCCAGUGACAGAUGAUGUAAAUACCAAUGAAUCAAUGGUCCCAUCAGAUCACAGGCUCAUCUCUGAGAGGUAUCAGGAGAAAUAAAGGCUCUGGGCAUCAUUUCCAUCAUUCUCCUAUAUGCCAAUAUGUCCUCGCAAGGAGCACUGAUGUCUUUAUGCCCUCGCAACAUCUCAGUGGUAUUAUGUGAGCAGAGUCUUAAAAUAAAUAAUUAGUAAUUUAGCAGACGCUCUUAUCCAGAGCGACUUUCAGGAGCAAUUACGGUUAAGUGCCUUGCUCAAGGGCACAUCGACAGAUGUUUUCACCUUGUCGGCUCGGGGAUUAGAACCAGCGACCUUUCAGUUACUGGCACAACGCUCUUAACCACUAAGCUAGCAGCCUUGGGGGGGGAAGGAGACGUGAAUCAUCCUCAACAAUAUUUUUUCCAUCAUGCUUAACACCCUGGGCCCAUUUUAAUGCUGCCCUUUAGCCAUUCUGUCAAAUAGCCACCCUCAUCCAUUAAUUUCGUAUGGAAUAUUACCUUGGAUCAAUACAGUUCAUGACCGCUAAGCAUUUAUUGGGCUCUUGUAGACGGCUAAGUGGCGUUUCUCAUUGCUCUAUAUCGUGUAGUGCACACAUGUUGAAGGCAGGCAUACUGAAGUGGUUUGACCAUUAGCACACGAAUACUGUCACACUAAGAACUGAUAUUUAUGAUAAACAUAUACAUUUUCUUUCACUGUACUACAUUUCUUUCACAUUUGAGGUACUGGCUAAACGUCUCUGAAUACACUAAAUUGUUUUUAUGGGGUAUUAAAAGCAUACCUACUUUAAAACUGUUUGUGUUUUUCUAGGUUCAUGUUUCAUCAGGACGGACCAAUUAGAUGGAGAGACAGACUGGAAGUUGAAAGUUGCUGUUGUUUGCACACAAAGACUACCUGCUCUGGGGGUAUGUACAAUUACCUGUUCUCAGUAUGUGACCAUUAUAACUGAGAAAUGUCAUUAUGUUAACUAUUUUGUGUUAUUAAAACAUUGUCAGUAUUAGGUUGUCUUUAAUGUGGCAUUGAAACCUUAUCCUCAUGACAGCCAGAACACCCUAGAACACAGUAGCUUCUUCCUCUAGGAUGAGGUGAUACUGAUUUCUUUAUUUUUAUGUCACUACUUAAUGUGACCAAAGAAUGAAAGUUUCAGCAAGUCAACUGGAUGAUUGCAUCACCAGAUAGGGUUUCCAGUCGAUGGGGGAUGGCAAUCAUCAUAGUGUUAUUUAUUACCCAAUUUUAUCAUUUUUAUUAAACCCAUCCUCCCUACUGACUGUAACAGGAUGAUUUAUAGAAGGCUGUGAGGUCAUUGUAACUUUCAGGGAAUUAUGACACGCUUUUGAAAAAGAUCCAUACAGUUGUUAACCAAUGCAUAUUCUGUACAUUUGAUGUCUAUUGAAUCUGCUUGGCCCUUUUUUUUAUUAGUUACAGUUGAAGUCGGAAGUUUACAUACACCUUAGCCAAAUACAUUUAAACUCAGUUUUUCACAAUUCCUGACAUUUAAUCCGAGUACAAAUUCCCUGUCUUAGGUCAGUUAGGAUCACCACUUUUUUUUAGAAUGUGAAAUGUCCGAAAAAAUAGUAGAGAGUGAUUUAUUUAAGCUUUUAUUACUUUCAUCACAUUCCCAGUGGGUCAGAAGUUUACAUACACUCAAUUAGUAUUUGGUAGCAUUGCCUUUAAAUUGUUUAACUUGGGUCAAACGUUUCGGGUAGACUUCCAUAAGCUUCCCAGAAUAAGCUGGGUGAAUUUUGGCCCAUUCCUCCUGACAAAGCUGGUGUAACUGAGUCAGGUUUGUAGGCCUCCUUGCUCGCACACGCUUUUUCAGUUCUGCCCACAACUUUUCUAUAGGAUUGAGGUCAGGGCUUUGUGAUGGCAACUCCAAUACUUUGACUUUGUUAUCCUUAAGCCAUUUUGCCACAACUUUGGAAGUAUGCUUGGGGUCAUUGUCCAUUUGGAAGACCCAUUUGCGACCAAGCUUUAACUUCCUGACUGAUGUCUUGAGAUGUUGCUUCAAUAUAUCCACAUAAUUUUCCUUCCUCAUGAUGCCAUCUAUUUUGUGAAGUGCACCAGUCCCUCCUGCAGCAAAGCACCCCCACAGCAUGAUGCUGCCACCCCCGUGCUUCACGGUUGGGAUGGUGUUCUUCGGCUUGCAAGCGACCCCUUUUUUCCUCCAAACAUAACGAUGGUCAUUAUGGCCAAACAGUUCUGUUUUUGUUUCAUCAGACCAGAGGACAUUUAUCCAAAAAGUACGAUCUUUGUCCCCAUGUGCAGUUGCAAACCGUAGUCUGGCUUUUUUAUGGCAGUUUUGGAGCAGUGGCUUCUUCCUUGCUGAGCGGCCUUUAAAGUUAUGUCGAUAUAGGACUCGUUUUUCUGUGGAUAUAGAUACUUUUGAACCUGUUUCCUCCAGCAUCUUCACAAGGUCCUUUGCUGUUGUUCUGGGAUUGAUUUGCACUUUUCGCACCAAAGUACGUUCAUCUCUAGGGGACAGAACGCGCCUCCUUCCUGAGCGGUAUGACGGCUGCGUGGUCCCAUGGUGUUUAUACUUGUGUACUAUUGUUUGUACAGAUGAACGUGGUACCUUCAGGCAUUUGGAAAUUGCUCCCAAGGAUGAACCAGACUUGUGGAGGUCUACAACGUUUUUUUCUUAGGUCUUGGCAGAUUUCUUUUGAUUUUCCCAUGAUGUCAAGCAGAGAGGCACUGAGUUUGAAGGUAUGCCUUGAAAUACAUCCACAGGUACACCUCCAAUUGACUUAAAUGAUGUCAUUUCGCCUAUCAGAAGCUUCUAAAGCCCUGACAUCAUUUUCUGGAAUUUUCCAAGCUGUUUAAAGGCACAGUCAACUUAGUGUAUGUAAACUUCUGACCCACUGCAAUUGUGAUACAGUGAAUUAUAAGUGAAAUAAUCUGUCUGUAAACAAUUGUUGGAAAAAUUACUCGUGUCAUGCACAAAGUAGAUGUCCUAACUGACUUGCCAAAACUAUAGUUUGUUAAUGAGAAAUCUGUGGAGUGGUUGAAAAACGAGUUUUAAUGACCCUAACCUAAGUGUAUGUAAACUUCCGACUUCAACUCUAUGUGCCCCAUGUGUUAUGAUUGAAUGAUCUUUAUACAGGAAGAACAUGUCACUCUUGAACUGACCACGAUUUAUGUGUUUCCUGUCUAAUCAAUAACACUUAAGAGUGAGUUCAAUUUAUUUUGGACAGAGAGGAAAACAUAAUGUUUCACCAGUUUACUAAUCGAGGUUACAAAUCCUAACUUCAGAUACACUUUUCUCAUAAAUGUCUCUUGUCCACAUAAACACAUGAUUUAUUUGAACGUUUGAUUCAGAACCCCAUCCUUUUUCAUUUCUUCUCUUGAUGAAACAUUUAGUCUAUGUGGGAAGACACUUGCUGCAGCUGUGUCUCAGAAAGUGACAUAAUUCUGCCUCUAUUGUGUCUGGCUCUAGAGUGUCUGUGUUUCAUCAGUAGGAGGCAUUACUGGCAGCAGCUCUCCACUGGGGCUGAGUAAGAUCAUCUUCCCCUCCCUGCCAUGUUCUUACCCUAGGAGCACUGUGAGCAGAACUGAGGGGACCCGGUGCUUAGAGGCAGUUUGACUGAAUAAUUUAAUGUUUACAAUAAAUUCUGUUCCACAAGGGGCGUGGACCGCAGUUAGAUCGGCGACAGGUCACACAACUGAAAUGGAGCUUGGGGUGAGGAGGAGGUGGUGUGUGUGUGGGUGGGGGGUGCUGUGGUAUUAUUUAAGAUACUCUGCUGUCCUAGCUUCAGGAAGAAGUUGGUUCCACCAUUGGGGUGCCAGGACAGAGAAGAGCUUGGACUAGGCUGAGCGGGAGCUGCCCUCAUGUAGCGGUGGGAGGGCCAAGAGACCAGAGGUGGCAGAACGGGGUACUUAUUUUCGCUGACACGGUCAUCCACUCCCCAUCCUUUUAUAGCAGGUGUUAUCUUGGGCGAACCUCACAGGUUUCUUCAACACCUGACCCGUGGUGCCCUUUGAUAAUCUCUCUCUGGGAGAGUUAGGAAGGCUUUGUCUGAAGUAUAAAGUGGUUAUCCCACUGGCUAUAGGGUGAACGCACCAAUUUGUGAGUCGCUCUGGCUAAGAGCGUCUGCUAAAUGACGUUAAUGUGCCCUUGAGCAAGGCACUUAACCCUAAUUGCUCCUGUAAGUCGCUCUGGAUAAGAGCGUCUGCUAAAUGACUAAAAUGUAAAUGUAAAUGUAAAUGUAAGUAUGAAGUAAAAUAUUUACUCUAGUACUUUAUUCAGGUCUGUCAUUUCUCCUCCUCUCUCAGGACCUCUUCUCCAUCAGCGCUUAUGUCUAUGCCCAGAAGCCUCAGCUUGACAUCCACAACUUCGAGGGAAACUUCACAAGGGUAAGUAGCUUACUGACAUCACACUGUCAAACAAAUGUGAAAGGUACAUGACAUGAACACAGUAAGAGGAUCAACAACACUAAGUGAAAUGCCACGUUGACAAAUGGCAACAAUCAAAACUAGUGUGUGCAGCAGCAGCAUCUCCAGGAGGCAUGGUGCUAAGUGCUGACAUCACAGGAAGGUCCUCCCUGUUCUCCUCCAUCCGUUCCCUCAGUGAUUUGUUUUUAUUAAUGGCAGAUUAGUGCAGACCCCCACAAAGAGGGGCUUUGUGUAUCGCCUUCACUCUUGGCCACGCCAGGCUUAGUGAGCGAGCACUUUCUCUGCUCAUUCAUCCUCCGCUCUGUUCCACCGCCUUCCUUUGCAUAACGUGUGCUUUUAGUCCCGGCCGUUCCCACAGAUUCCCUUCAACUAAACGUACCAAUUUAUGAAGCUUUGUUUCUUUUUGUGUUCCCAAUCGCCACAUCUAGUCAAAGUAUUGAUAAGGGAGAAGACAUAUGUAGCUCAGACGCAUGGUGGCAGGUGCUUGUGGAAAUGAAUGGUACUGAAUGUCUCUCUGGUGUUCUGGCUGCACCCUCUAAGGAAGGGUUGUCGGGUAUUAAUAAUAAAGUAACAUUGUUCUUCUUGAAUGUUCAAUAAAGAUAUAACGAUUUUGUAUAUCUCCCCUGUAGGAAGACAGUGACCCUCAAAUCCAUGAGAGUUUGAAUAUUGACCACACCCUUUGGGCCAGCACUAUUGUGGCAUCUGGUAAGUAAAAAACGUCUUAACUGUGUGGUUUAUGAUAUGUUUGCUGUUAAAGGCCAAGAUAGGUCAACGCUUUAUUUUACUUUUGCAUCCAAAGUUUGUAACCAAGCUUUACGUAGACAUCUCUGAUGUGUAGUUGUUUAUGACAUGGGAUCCCAUUCCCCAGCUAACCCAAUGACAUUUGUAGUGAUAGACAAUGAUGUGGAAAUGGGAGAUUUAAAGAUGUGUAUAAAUGUGAGUUCAUAAAUCUUUCUCCUACCUCAGUCAGCUAAGCUUAAUUCCCCACAGGACCGUUUUCUCAGUGGAAAGUGUUUGACGCUCUCUCAGCCAUCUUCUCCACACCAUUGAUCUGCGGUGACCCUCUCCCCCUUGGCCUGACUUUGACCACACAAACACACAUCCCCCUUUAUCGCCCCCGACCCCCUUUUACACACACACGCACAGACACCACCUAACUUAGUCCUCUGACAUCAUUCCUACAUGGCUAUGUCAUUGUCGGCCACAAAACUCUCCUUGGCUUUCAUCAGAAGGACACUCGAUAGCCUUUGGUGUUCACAUAUUUAAAUGAAAACGCUUCUACAUGUUGUGUCAAAACCAUUUGUCACAUUUUUGCCCUUUUAUCUUAGGUCAAGGUGAUGAUUGAUUAAUUUACAUUUGAUUUGUUCUCUCCUCCUCACCUAAUCUUUCACGGUUUAUUUCUCGACCCUUUUUCUCUUUCCAUCUCCUUUUCUCUCUCUCGCUUAGCCUUUAUAGUUGGUGGAUUGCAUGGGCUGUAUUUAAGUGUAUUAGUGGCCUUGCUCUCCCAUUUAAGCUAAUUUAAUACUAAUGGCACAUUUGUCUUCUGUAAUAAGGCCUUAAUGAAUCGGCAAUUAAAGAUGGUGGAGUAUCGAUCGGCUUUCAUGAGCUGAUUCCAUGGGAAGGGUCCGGCCAGGUGCCUAACACAUUAAACCCCUGUCUGUCUCUGUCUGUGGGGCUGAGUGGCUACGAGCAGGGAGCAUAUCAGCCACCGCCGCUCCCUCUGCUCAGCAUUAUUGAUUCUCAUUGCUGUCGGUCUUACUUGACAGAGAUGAGUCUGAAAUGUGUGUGGUCCAGGUAAUGAGCAGCAUUUCUUUCUUCUGUCUCUCUGUUUGGCAGGCACAGUGAUAGGGGUGGUGAUCUACACAGGCAAAGAGACCAGGAGUGUACUGAACACUUCCUCCCCCAAGAAUAAGGUGAAUGUUUAUGUUUCUUUUGCAGGCAGAAAUAAGUUGGGGAUUUGUUUGUGUGUGUUUCUAUGUACUUUUGUGUAAGACUUCUUGGUAGUGGGAAAAUGUAUCAACAGAUAAGUCAUAACGUUACACCAAAUAUAACCCAUACAGUGCAUUCUGAAAGUAUUGAGACCCCUUGACUUUUUCCACAUUUUGUUACGUUACAGCCUUUUUCUAAAAUAGAUUAAAUCGUUUUUUCCCCUCAUCAAUCUACACACAAUACCCCAUAAUGACAAAGCAAAAUCAGGUUUUUAGAAAUGUUUGCAAAUGUAUUAAAUAAAAAAUGGAAAUAUCACAUUUACACAAGUAUUCAGACCCUUUACUCAGUAGUUUGGGGGAAGGCCCUUUCCUGUUUCAGCAUGACAAUGCCCCCGUGCACAGUGAUAGGUCCAUACAGAAAUGGUUUGUCGAGAUUGGUGUGGAAGAACUUGACUGGCCUGCUCAGAGCCCUGACCUCAACCACAUUGAACACCUUUAGGAUGAAUUGGAACGCCGACUGCGAGCCAGACCUAAUCGCCCAUCAUCAGUGACCAACCUCACUAAUGCUCUUGUGGCUGAAUGGAAGCAAGUCCCCACAGCAAUGUUCCAACAUCUAGUGGAAAGCCUUCCCAGAAGAGUGGAGGCUUUUAUAGCAGCAAAGGGGGGACCAACUCCAUAUUAAUGCUCAUGACUUUGGAAUGAGAUGUUCGACGAGCAGGUGUCCCCACAUACUUUUGGUCAUGUAGUGUAUGUACAGAGUUCUUACCUAAAGAUUUUUGCCACAACCACACUCUUCUGUGUUAACCUUUUGUUGGUUGACACUGUCUCCUUACUAUGGACAUUUUUUGACGUAAGUGCCUUUUAAUAAGAACACUGAUGUUGCGGGUCGAACAGCAAGGCCCAGUGUUUUGUGUAAACUCUGCGGCUGAGAGGAAUUCAAUAUUUCAAGGAGAUGUCAGAAGUGCCAAUAUGGAGACUAAGAUUGGGGAGAUAGUCAUACAGUGUUGCUAAAGUCACAAGAAGGUUUUGGUCUCACAACCUGUUGUGACACAAGCCAGCACAAUGCUUGCACUUGAGCUCAGUGACAGGACAUCAGGUGUAGCUUCACUCUUUGUCUUGAUGUUGUUGAACUGACUUUGUGAAGAACAACAAACAUUCUGUGAUGUGAGACAUUUCCCCAACGUCUGUUCCUCAUUGAACCCUGUUUAUGCAAGUUCUAAUGCACAUAUUAUUUCCACUGGUGCCUCACAGAGCAUGUUGGCAGUUAUAUACUGGGGAAAAAAUGUAAAAGCAACACGUAAGUGUUGGUCCCAUAUUUCAUGAGCUGAAUUAAAAGAUCCCAGAAAUGUUCCAUACGAACAAAAAGCUUAUUUCGCUCAUAUUCUGUGAACACAUUUGUUUGCAUACCUGUUAGUGACCAUUUCUCCUUUGCCAAGAUAAUCCAUCCACCUGACUGGUGUGGCAUAUCAAGAAGCUGAUUAAAUAGCAUGAUCGUUACACAGGUGCACCUUGUGCUAGGGACAAUAAAAGGCCACUCUAAAAUGUGCAGUUUUGUCACAGAACACAAUGCCACAGAUGUCUCAAGUUUUGGAGGACCGUGCAAUUGGCAUGCUGACUGCAGGAAUGUCCACCAGAGCUGUUGCCAGAGAAUUUAAUGUUAAUUUAUCUACCAUAAGCCGCCUCCAACGUUGUUUUAGAAUAUUUGGCAGUACGUCCAACCGGCCUCACAACUGCAGACCACGUGGAGGUCCUGGGCUGGCGUGGUUACACAUCUGACUACUUCACCUGCAGGAUCAUCUGAGACCAGCCACCCGGACAACUGAUGAAACUGAGGAGUAUUUCUGUCUGUAAUUAAUUGUGUGGAAAAACUCAAUCUGAUUGGCUGGGCCUGGCUCACCUGUGGGUGGUCCUAUGCCCUCCCAGGCCCACCAAUGGCUGCGCCCCUGCCCAGACAUGCGAAAUCCAUAAAUGUAAGGCCUAAUUAAUUAAUUUCAAUUGACUGAUUACCUUAUAUGAACUGUAACUCAGUAAAAUCGUUGAAAUUUUUGAAUGUUGCGUUUGUAUUUUUUUUCAGUAUAGAAUGAUUAGCGUGAUAAACGAAGAGAUCUGAAAUACCUUUUCUGUUUUGUCUUUUUCCCACAAAUUUCCCACAAACACAGAAAAAUACAUGCAGCGCAGCCAGAUUAAAUAAUUCCUUUCACUUUUAAUGGGUUUGGGAUGAAUUAAGUAAAAUAUGCACUUUUAUUUAUUUAUUUAUUUACUUUAGGUUGAUGUUAUUCAGUCCUUUUUCCCCCCUGACUGAAUUAAUAAUGACUUCAUCUGAUUCUCAGCGAGCCGCAGAAAAUGUAGGUUGUCCAUUGUUCCGGCAAAUGGGGAUCCUUUGCUUUUCAGGCAUGCGCAGUGUCCUCAAUUCUUAUUUUAAUGAACCAUGUAGUGAGGCACCAGGGUGGGGAGGAUAUUUCUACCCCAGUCUACACUGGGGAUUUAACUACAGCUGAUAAAUCAGUCACUGGUCUCUGUGCUCCCAGUUCUCUGGGGAAUGGGGCCGGUAGGGGAAAUUGUAUGUUUUGCAGCUGUUGUAAGCGUGAUGCUGGCACCUCGCCUCGAGGGUCGAUAAAACUGCCGGUUUUUACUUUUUUGUGUUGUUCUCUAAUUUUCUUAAUCAGUUUGUUUUGUGCAUUACUACACACACCCAGGUAGAACUUUUGAAAUACGAAUCGCUGGGUACUGACCGUCCACCUGACCUUCCCGAAUUCCCUGAGAUGGCAGAACAAUGGACUAGCUUCUUCAGCGAAGCGUCGAGCUGCUUGGGAGUCCUACCUGAGAGUAGGAAUCGAAGACGCCGACGGAGAGGCAGACAUGGCGAGGGUCUUAGUGAGAUUAAGACGCCGGGCGACCUGUCCUCUAUUACCGAGCAUACUACUCGCCAAUGUUCAAUCAUUAAUGAGCAAACUUGAUGAGCGAGGAUCUCCUUCCAGAGGGACAUCAGAUCCUGCAACAGUCUGUUUUUCUGAGACUUUGCUUUUCUCCGACAUCCAGACGGAUUAUAUACAACCAGCGGGUUUAAACUUUUUUCGAGCUGAUAGGAAGUGGGCUCUCUCUGGCAAGGGUGGUGAGCUCUGCUUUAUGACCAACAACACCUGAUGCGACAGGGGAAAAAGUACUGCUCCUCCUACUUGGAAUACUUGGUCAUAAAAUGUCGUCCUUUUCACCUUCUGAGAGAGUUCACAGGGAUUAUCGCCAUGGCUGUGUACAUCCCGCCCCAAGCCGACACCAAAAAGGCUCUCAAAGAUCUUCAAAAUGAAAUUCCCAGAGGCAGCGUUCAUUGUUGUGGUCGACUUAAACCGUGCUUCCAAAUUAUUACCAACACAUCAACUGUCUAACACGCAGAAAUUCUACUCUUGACCACUGCUACACGUCUUUUCGACACAGGUAUAAGGCCCACACCCGUCCUCCUUACAAAUAUGACUUACGCAGAUCGAUCAAGAUGGCGAAACACAAGUAUAGAGACAAAGUGGAGUAGCAAUUCAGCGGGUCGGACACAAGGCGUAUGUGGCAGGGUCUCCUAACGAUCACGGAUUACAAAAAGAAAGCCAGCCACAUCACAGUAACCAACGCCACCCUACUGGACGAGCUAAACACCUUUUUGUCAAGGUUCGGGCACAAUGACCCUGAGCUGCCGAGGAGAGCCCCCGAUGACACUGAGGACAUAUGUAAGUCAUUCAAAUGUGUUAACCCUCGCAAGGCUGCCGGCCCAGAUGGCAUAUCUAGCCGUGCCCUCAGGCCUCUAUACCCACCUGCUUCAAGAUGCCCACUAUCAUCCCUGUGCCCAAGAAAGGGCAAAGUAACUGAACUGAAUGACUACCGACCAGUAGCACUCACUUCCGUCAUCAUGAAGUGCUUCGAGAGGCUAAUCUCAAAGACCAUAUCACAUCCUCCCUCCCCCGACACACUUGACCCUCUCCAAUUCGCCUACCGCCCUGACAUAUCCACGGACAACGCAAUCGGCAUUGCACUGCACGCUGCCCUUACCCACCUGGACAAAAGGAAUGCAUAUGUGAGGAUGCUGUUCAUUGACUAAAGCUCGGCCUUCAAUACCAUAGUUCACUAUAAGCCCAUUACAAAGCUCAGGGCCCUGGGUCUGAACUCCUCCCUAUGCAACUGGGUCCUGGACUUCCUGACAGAGCCAGGACAGCAGGGGGUCAAACUGUAGAACCCAGUUCCUACAUUUGAAUAAAAUAAUGGAUUUGAUCAAAUGCUAUGCUACAUUUUAUCUCUGGGACCCUCAGGAUGACAAAUCAGAGCAAGAUUACUGACUGUAAGUACAUUAUUUACCUUCAGAGGUGAAUGUAUCAAACCAGUUGCCGUGACAAAAGUGUUUUGUUGUUGUGCACUAUCCACAAACAAUAGCAUGGUCUUUUUUUUUAGCUGUAAUAGCUACUGUAAAUUGAACUCUGCAGUUAGAUUAACAAGAAUUUAAGCUUUCUGCCCAUAUAAGACAUGUCUAUGUCCCGGAAAGUUGGCUGUUGUUUACAACGCCAUUCUAGUCACAUAUCGCAUAUUGAGCAGCAACUGUCCCGGUAUAGGGACACCGAUCCUGUAGAGGUUAAGCGUUAUUGGCCAAUCAGUACCUAGCUUUAUAUGUUCAUACACUAGGGUGCCUGCUGUCUCUAUAUGAAGGACUACUUCUAUAACAGCCACAUGCAUGCAUAAGGAGCUAAAUAAACCAAGCAUAUCUAGUCCCAGUGGAGGAUUUGCCUGUCCUUUUUAACCUGUGGCUCUGUCCUCAGUAUGGUGGCUCUAACCCCUGGCCUCUCUCUCCUCUACAGGUGGGUCUGCUGGACCUGGAGCUGAACCGCCUCACCAAGGCUCUGUUCCUGGCUCAGGUGGUCCUAUCUGUUGUCAUGAUAGUGCUGCAGGGCUUUGUGGGCCCCUGGUUCCGCAACCUGUUCCGCUUCAUCGUGCUCUUCUCCUACAUCAUCCCCAUCAGGUACGGCACAUAUAGGUAGAGACAAUAUAGAUAGAUAGUGUAUUCAACUCUAUAGUACAGCAUGGCAUCCAUUUCACUGCUUUAAUGAGUCUUUGCUUGACUAUUGUUGGUGACAUUGUGCAAUAGAAUCAUGGUAAUCAUUUUGCUUAAUUAACACAUAUUUUGCUGAACACAAUUGAACUUGACCUCUGUUUUAUUUGUAUGUGCAGCUUGCGUGUCAAUCUGGACAUGGGGAAGUCUGCCUAUGGUUGGAUGAUCAUGAAAGAUGAGAACAUCCCUGGUACUGUGGUACGGACCAGUACCAUCCCUGAAGAGCUGGGCCGCCUGGUGUACCUACUGACUGACAAAACAGGUACCAGGAUACACAGCCACUGAUCAACUGUAACAGUCAGGGAUGCAAACUGGUCGCCUUUCUGCGAUAUUCUCCGUUUUGAUCUCAAAAUAGGCCAUCCACGUGAAUCGAGUAGAUCUGUGUAGUUUCUCAUAUCUAAAUCAUUGACUAAGUACAGAAUGCAUCCUUGCGCAUCCUACAAAAAUAAUAUACAUUUACAUUUUUGUCAUUUAGCAGACGCUCUUAUCCAGACCGACUUACAGUUAGUGCCUUCGUCUUAAGAUAGCUAGGUUGGACAACCACAUAUCACAGUCAUAGUAAGUACAUUUAUCCUCAAUAAAGUAGCUAUCAGCAAAGUCAGAGCUAGUAAGGGGGGGAAAAAGUCAAGUGUGAGUGUUAGUUCACGAAAAGGAGAGGGUGCGAGUGGGGGUGCUGUGGGAUUAUUUAAGAUACUCUUUGAAGAGGUACGGUUUCAGAUGUUUUCGGAAGAUGGGCAGGGACUCCCUUACAAAAAAAUAUUGCAGUUUUGAAACUGCUGUAAAAGUGCACCAACUGCAGUCGACUAUUUUGGAUGCAGUAAUUUGCAGAAUAACACUGCAAAACUACUGCAGUAAAAAAAAGCGGUAUCAUUUUGGACACAGUAUUUGCAGCGUACUGCAGUUAUACAGUAUAUGUCAUUUCAGAGUGAGUGCUUCGUGGGCAGGCUCUGUCAUCUCUCCACGCCACAAACUGGGAGGCUGUGGCACUGUAAGUAUGGUGCUGAAAUAAAUGUUGUUGGGAAGCACACAGGCAAAGUUGGUUGGAUUUACCAGAAGGUCUACUAAAGUGUGACUUUGUGCUCGUGUUUCUUGGCUAUUUACAUCGUUUUGUUCAUACGCUAGGUUAUUUUUCAAUGUUAGUUUGAGUUUGAUGCAACUGCUAACUUAGCCAAGAGGCAUCUGAGAUUCUCCACCGUUAUCAUGGCAACCCCCCACCCUUAAAGGGGAGCUGAACAUAUUCAAGUGUACAUUGUGCUUGAUUGAGCAUGGAACACUCCAAUAACCUUUUAUUCCUGAACUUAUAUGAAUUUCUUAUCAUUAUAACACUCUUCCUCAAAUACUUUCAUUGUGCUUAUGUACUCUUGUAAAAAAUGUCAGCACCUAGCAAUGUGUUUGAGAUGUGAGACAGGAUUUGUGUUUUCUUUGUCUUUAUGCACUUCUAUAGAACAACUUGUCAGAUGCAGGUGCAUUAAAGACUGAACUAUUUCUGUCAUGAUAAACCUUAAACCCAGACCAAAAAGCCCAACUUCCCACUACCCCAGGAAACUAUUUUCAAAUGUGUAUUAUGUACUUGUUAUUCUCGGAAAAUAAUCAAAUGUUCUUACACUUCAUAUGGAUGGGAAAAAAGUAUUUAGUCAGCCACCAAUUGUUCAUGUUCUCCCACUUAAAAAGAUGAGAGAGGCCUGUAAUUUUCAUCAUAGGUACACGUCAAAUAUGACAGACAAAAUGAGAAUUUUUUCCAGAAAAUCACAUAGUAGGAUUUUUAAUGAAUUUAUUUGCAAAUUAUGGUGGAAAAUAAGAAUUUGGUCAAUAACAAAAGUUUCUCAAUACUUUGUUAUAUACCCUUUGUUGGCAAUGACACAGGUCAAACGUUUUCUGUAAGUCUUCACAAGGUUUUCACACACUGUUGCUUGUAUUUUGGCCCAUUCCUCCAUGCAGAUCUCCUCUAGAGCAGUGAUGUUUUGGGGCUGUCGCUGGGCAACACGGACUUUCAACUCCCUCCAAAGAUUUUCUAUGGGGUUGAGAUCUGGAGACUGGCUAGGCCACUCCAGGACCUUGAAAUGCUUCUUACGAAGCCACUCCUUCGUUGCCCGGGCGGUGUGUUUGGGAUCAUUGUCAUGCUGAAAGACCCAGCCACGUUUCAUCUUCAAUGCCCUUGCUGAUGGAAGGAGGUUUUCACUCAAAAUCUCACGAUACAUGGCCCCAUUCAUUCUUUCCUUUACACAGAUCAGUCGUCCUGGUCCCUUUGCAGAAAAACAGCCCCAAAGCAUGAUGUUUCCACCCCCAUGCUUCACAGUAGGUAUGGUGUUCUUUGGAUGCAACUCAGCAUUCUUUGUCCUCCAACACGACGAGUUGAGUUUUUACCAAAAAGUUAUAUUUUGGUUUCAUCUGACCAUAUGACAUUCUCCCAAUCCUCUUCUGGAUCAUCCAAAUGCACUCUAGCAAACUUCAGACAGGCCUGGACAUGUACUGGCUUAAGCAGGGGGACACGUCUGGCACUGCAGGAUUUGAGUCCCUGGCGGCGUAGUGUGUUACUGAUGGUAGGCUUUGUUACUUUGGUCCCAGCUCUCUGCAGGUCAUUCACUAGGUCCCCCCGUGUGGUUCUGGGAUUUUUGCUCACCGUUCUUGUGAUCAUUUUGACCCCACGGGGUGAGAUCUUGCGUGGAGCCCCAGAUCGAGGGAGAUUAUCAGUGGUCUUGUAUGUCUUCCAUUUCCUAAUAAUUGCUCCCACAGUUGAUUUCUUCAAACCAAGCUGCUUACCUAUUGCAGAUUCAGUCUUCCCAGCCUGGUGCAGGUCUACAAUUUUGUUUCUGGUGUCCUUUAGACAGCUCUUUGGUCUUGGCCAUAGUGGAGUUUGGAGUGUGACUGUUUGAGGUUGUGGACAGGUGUCUUUUAUACUGAUAACAAGUUCAAACAGGUGCCAUUAAUACAGGUAACGAGUGGAGGACAGAGGAGCCUCUUAAAGAAGAAGUUACAGGUCUGUGAGAGCCAGAAAUCUUGCUUGUUUGUAGGUGACCAAAUACUUAUUUUCCACCAUAAUUUGCAAAUAAAUUCAUUAAAAAUCCUACAAUGUGAUUUUCUGGAAAAAGAAAUCUCAAUUUGUCUGUCAUAGUUGACGUGUACCUAUGAUGAAAAUUACAGGCCUCUCUCAUCUUUUUAAGUGGGAGAACUUGCACAAUUGGUGGCUGACUAAAUACUUUUUUUCCCCACUGUAUGUGAGGUUAAUUCCCCCCACCGCCACCCAAUAAACUCUGCCACCGAUGCUGAAAGAAAUCCUAGGGGUAACACUGUAGCCAUAAUGGAUGCAUGACCCACUCAAAAAUGACUCAAUGAGCAUCAGUAUGUGAAUUAUGUGCUGGUUUAGAGACUCACUCAUUAACCUGUUGUUUAAUACAAAUCUCACUUCAUUAUGCUUUGUGAAUUGAAGGCACUCUAACACAGAACGAGAUGAUCUUCAAGCGGCUGCACCUGGGGACAGUGUCCUAUGGGACGGACACCAUGGACGAGAUCCAGAGCCAUAUAGUGCAGUCAUACGCACAGGUGAUCAUACUCUACCAGUUAGGGUUAAAUUCUUAGUAUUGUCUUAAAUGGUUCACUGAAUUUGAGUAGCCUCAGUAAACAUGUGCAAACAUCACCUGUCAAUUAUAGGAAUGAACAGGAGAAAGAUUAGCUAUUGAUCUGUUUGCUUUGUUAACUUUCAUAGGAUCAGGAGAGAUCAUGGCUCAUGACGACUCAUAAAGAGUCAUUGAGUUAAACCUCUCUCUUCGUUACUUUUCAUUGUUCAUUCAUGCUCAGUCUCUAAGCGUUACACCGACGUACUUUCAAAACUAGCGUUUCCUCUCUAGGUGGUUGAGGUUGAUCUGUAGCUGAAUUCAUGAAAUAGUUAUAUUGUUCACACUCAGGCAGGCCCCUAACAGCUGUGCUGAGGAUGGAACCAUCUGCCUGCACUCUGUUUUAAGCUCGGCUAAUGAAAGAUGACAGUCUUUUUAGCGCGCUACUCAACAGCAGCUUGCGUUUCAGCCCCACUGAUUUGUAGUACUGGUGUGUUUCAUGUUCCCUUUAUUACAGAGAUGACCGAACGUGACAGAGAUUGAUUGUAACGCUACAUGGAAAUCUAUCAUAAUCUCAUUAUAGGUCCCUGCAUGACAUGGUUUGUGAGGAACAAAGGGUAUGUAGAUAGAUAUCAAUGUGUGAAAUUGAAUUAUGCAGGCAUCUGUAAACAUGAUGAAAUUCAUAGGAAUAAAUGCAUUUAAUAUCACGUGCAGAGCUAUGGUGAUGCCAUUGUUACGUUGAAUGUACAGUAUAGAGCGCAGUUGUGUACAGAUCUGCCAACUAAGGGGAAGUAAUCUAUUAAAUGCAGAAUUCAAGGUAGACAUAGAUUAAUAUAUAUAUAUAUAUAUAUAUAGGUUUAACCCUUAAAUGAGGCCAAGCAUUUACCCACCUCUGUGUAAAGGAUUGAAACAGAGAGAUUGAGAUAAUGUAGCAGUGAAGGGUAGUCUGAAAGGAGAGCGAGAUGAAACAUGACCUUAAGGGCAGCUGGCAAAAGAAGGAGCUCUCAUAACUUGACUGGCUACCACUCCAAUUUUUCAUAGUGACGUGAGCGCUCUGUUGUAGGCUUGCAGAAGGGUUGUCAUUUAGCAUCGUUGUAGGAGUCUCUCUCUAGAAGCAACAAUGGUUAAUAAGGCAAAAUCACCUGCUCCAGUGGAGCAUAUCAACCCUCUCAAACCUAGCUGGCACAGUGGGCUGGUCCGUGAGACGCCACUGAGUUGAAUUGAUGGGCGUUGUCAGGUCGGAGAAGACUGAAAAGCCCCCGAACCAGAUAUGACACAAGAAAGAUGAUGAUACAGCGUUUCCCUGCCACUGUGUUGUUUAGUUGAAUACUGUGUCAGGUGAAUUGUGCCCUGAGCGGAGUGAGGGUUUAAUCUGGUAGCUACUUCACUGCCGAGUGAGGGAGGGAGAGGGAGUGCUGGUGUUGUACUGUAGCAGCUCAGUUAUGGCAUUGUCAGGAUUUUUGCAUGCUUGAUAAUGGAUGACAACAGGCUAGUGAGAGUUGACAGGGUGAUUGCAGCCUGCGAAAGUCGCUGCAUUACCUGUCUACUGUAUCAGUGGUCAUAUUUCAAACAUAUCCAGCAGGACACAACAUUUUGGAACUUUCAGAUGGGCAUGUUUGUUCAACAUAACAUAGGAAUCAUGACGACUCUAGUCAUGGCAUUUCUUUCUACAACGUUCGAGAAUGUUUUGCAACUAAACGUGGGCCAGAGCUAUGUGGAAUUCCCCUUAGGGAAUGUCUGUUUUUCAUGUCAUCAUAGUCCACUCCCUGUAUGCAGAAUAAUAAUAAUAAAUGUGGUUUACUUUUCUCCACACCGAGCACCCAGACCCAGCAGUCCAACGGCAGCAACAGCAGCACCAGCUCCACCGCGUCCAGGAAGCCCCAGCCAGCCCCGGCCCCCAAGGUCCGCAAGAGCGUCAGCAGCCGCGUCCACGAGGCGGUGAAGGCCAUCGCGCUGUGCCACAACGUCACACCCGUCUAUGAGUCCUUCGCCAGCGUCGAGGCCGACCAGGACUUCAGCGACGACAACCGCACCUACCAGGCCUCCAGCCCUGACGAGGUCAGCUCUAAACUCCACAGAGAUCUAUUCGUAGGUAACACCGUAGCAAGACGUUUUGCAACGGAAAACCAAAACAAGCGUUUCUUAUUGGUCAAGUUCAGGUAGUCGCUCCCUGUUUCAGUCCAUUUUCUUCCGUUUAUUGGCUACUGAAUACGACCCAGGCUUCUCUCUGAUGUUUCCGCCUUCAACACUAAAUUACCUUUGUAGUUUGUCAUAACCUGGGCCUCAUGGAAUGGCCAUUAACUCCGAGGUCAUAAAGUUGUCAGAGGUUUAAUCAGCAGUGUUUGUCCUUUAUAAUUUAUAGCUCUAAUUGUAGGAAGAAUCUGUACUGAUAACGACCCCAACGGCAGUCCCGUGGCGUCACCUUCCUCUGCCUGUCUGUCUGUGUAAUGUAAAGUAGGACCAUUUAUGACCACCAGUACCAGGUGCUGCUUACCCCAUCAUUUACUGCCCUUUCUGAUGGGAAUAUGGCCGCUGUUAUUAGAGAAAUCCAAGAAAGUCCUGGAUGAAUAUGGAAUACACACAGGGAACAAGGAGAGGUUUCUUCGUUAUAUAACUUUGUCAUAAAUAUUCAAUACAUAUCAAAGGAUCGCUAAUCCCCCCCCAUAUUGUACAGUGUUCAGGACCAUUGGAGUGUUUUCACCCAUGACACAAUGAUUUUGUGAAACUUACCUUGGCUUGCGCUAGGCUCGAGCCCAGCGCAGCUCAGCCUAGAAGUCAAAAUGAUGAUAAAAGGUUUCCCUUUUUGUCUGCUCUGGAAUUGCCUGCCUGCUCGUCCAUCCUGUCCCGCCUUGAUGUGUAUAUUUAUUUAUUUCCUUUUACACUUGGCUCCAUCUCCCCCUAUUGUCUGGUACUGCUUGGAUUGAUCAAUAUUAAAUUUUCUCUGAGAGACGAUGAGAGGGGUCUGUGGUUGUUCAGUCUCACCCCUACUUCUCUCUUUUCCGCUCCAUCUCUACUCACAUGUCUCUCUCUCUCACUCUUUUUCUUCCCCACUCUCUUUUAUGAUCUCUUUGUUCUUUCUCUCAGCCUCAUUGACAGCAAUGUCAGAGCCCAGUCAGUGCAGCACUAUGAGCUCCAUAUUUCAUUGGCUGGCUCACUCUCCCUCUCUAAUCUAAUGAUCUGUCAUUAAGGAGAUGAAGGUGGCCGGCCUGGGGUCAGAGGUCAGGGUCAGUCGACCUGCUGGUCAACCAUGCUGUGAUGAGGGCCCUGCUCUAAUCUCUGACCCUGUGAUGUCAGAAGAGGGGUGCAUCCCAAAUGGCAACCUAUUCCCUAUGUAGUCCUCUACUUUGGACCAGGGCCUAUAGGGAAUAGGGUGCCAUUUGGGACUGGCCCGAGAAUGUUUGACCAGGGCCUAUAAUGACCGUGGAGUCUCAUGAAGUAGCAGUUUAUCAUCUCCAAUAUGAGUUAAUUGGAUAUCCGAUGGAAAAAGUGGACCCCAAUGGGAGUACCAGGCAAAGGAACAAUUUGUUUGGUUUGUUGAGUAUUAUCACUUGCAUAUACAAGUCCCUGAUUGACCCCUUUCAAUAGGAGACCAAAUAAAACUGCAAAGAUGGACAUUUAUCUACAGAGUCAGUCGGCAUGCAUGAAUGAUUUAUAUACAUGCACAGUUUUAAUGUGAUAGCUACAAGUUAGUGCUACAAGAUAGUAUUUUGAAUGUUGACCACCCUAAAUCAAUUAAGAUAAUUAUAUUUAGCAAGUGCUUUUAAAAUCCUAGUUUUGAUUGGUAAUGACAUGGUGGGAAGAAUUGAGCUAUUACAGAUCCAUUUUCAUCAUGAAAUGCUUAGCUGCUGUUAAUUUCAUUUUGAAAUACAGUACCAGUCAAAAGUUUGGACACCUACUCAUUCAAGGUCUUUUCUUUAUUUUUACUAUUUUCUACAUUGUAUAAUAAUAUUGAAGACAUCAAAACUAUGAAAUAACACAUAUGGAAUGUAGUAACCAAAAAAAUCAAAAUAUAUAUAUUUUUUGAGAUUCUUUGCCUUGAUGACAGCUUUGCACACUGUUGGAAUUCUCUCAACCAGCUUCAUGAGGAAUCCUUUUCCAACAGUCUUGAAGGAGUUCCCACAUAUGCUGAGCACUUGUUGGCUGCUUUUCCUUCACUCUGCCGUCCAACUCAUCCCAAACCAUCUCAAUUGGGUUGAGGUCGGGUGAUUGUGGAGACCAGGUCAUCUGAUGCAGCACUCCAUCACUCUCCUUCUUGGUUAAAUAGCCCUUACACAGCCUGGAGGUCUGUUGGGUCAUUGUCUUAUUGAAAAACUAAUAAUAGUCCCACUAAGCGCAAACCAGAUGGGAUGGCGUAAUCGCUGCAGAAUGCUGUGGUAGCCAUGCUGGUUAAGUGUGCCUUGAAUUCUAAAUAAAUCACAGACAGUGUCACCAGCAAAGCAUCCCCACACCAUAACACCUCCUCCUCCAUGCUUUACGGUAGAAACCACACAUGCUGAAAUCAUCCGUUCACCUUCUCUGCGUCUCACAAAGACACACGGUUGGAACCAAAAAUCUCAAAUUUGGUCUAAUGUCCAUUGCUCGUGUUUCUUGGCCCAAGCAAGUCUCUUCUUCUUAUUGGUGUCCUUUAGCAGUGGUUUCUUUGCAGCAAUUCAACCAUGAAGGCCUGAUUCACGCAGUCUCUUCUGAACAGUUGAUGUUGAGAUGUGUCUGUGACUUGAACUCUGAAGUAUUUAUUUGGGCUGCAAUUUCUGAGGCUGGUAACUCUAAUGAACUUAUCCUCUGCAGCAGAGGUAACUCUGGGUCUUCCUUUCCUGUGGCGGUCCUCAUGAGAGCCAGUUUCAUCAUAGCGCUUGAUGUUUUUUUUUUUUUUUUUUUUUUUUUCACCUUUAUUUAACCAGGUAAACCAGUUGAGAACAGGUUCUCAUUUACAACUGCGACCUGACCAAGAUAAAGCAAAGCAGUGCAAUAAAAACAACACAGAGUUACAUAUGGGGUAAAAAAACAUAAAGUCAAAAAUACAACAGAAAAUAUAUAUACAGUGUGUGCAAAUGUAGCAAGUUAUGGAGGUAAGGCAAUAAAUAGGCUAUAGUGCAGAAUAAUUACAAUAGUAUUAACACUGGAAUGCUAGAUGUGCAAGAGAUUAUGUGCAAAUAGAGAUACUGGGGUGCAAAAGAGCAAAAUAAAUAACAAUAUAGGGAUGAGGUAGUUGGGUGGGCUAAUUUCAGAUGGGCUGUGUACAGGUGCAAUGAUCGGUAAGGUGCUCUGACAACUGAUGCUUAAAGUUAUUGAGGGAGAUAAGAGUCUCCAGCUUCAUAGAUUUUUGCAAUUCGUUCCAGUCAUUGGCAGCAGAGAACUGGAAGGAAUGGCGGCCAAAGGAGGUGUUGGCUUUGGGAAUGACCAGUGAGAUAUACCUGCUGGAGCGCAGGAGCUAAGAUAAGGCGGGGAUUUGCCUAGCAGUGAUUUAUAGAUGGCCUGGAGCCAGUGGGUUUGACGACGAACAUGUAGUGAGGACCAGCCAACAAGAGCGUACAGGUCACAGUGGUGGGUAGUGUAUGGGGCUUUGGAGACAAAACGGAUGGCACUGUGAUAGACUACAUCCAAUUUGCUGAGUAGAGUGUUGGAGGCUAUUUUGUAAAUGACAUCGCCGAAGUCAAGGAUCGGUAGGAUAGUCAGUUUUACGAGGGCAUGUUUGGCAGCAUGAGUGAAGGAGGCUUUGUUGCGAAAUAGGAAGCGAUUCUAGAUUUAACUUUGGAUUGGAGAUUCUUUAUGCGAGUCUGGAAGUUGAGUUUACAGUCUAACCAGACAACGACUGCACAUGAAGAAACUUUAAAAGUUCUUGAAAUUUUCCAGAUUUACUGACUUUCAUGCCAUAAAGUAAUGAUGGACUGUCAUUUCUCUUUGCUUAUUUGAGCUGUUCUUGCCAUAAUAUGGACUUGGUAUUUUACCAAAUAGGGCUAUCUUCUGUACACCACCCCUAACUUGUCACAACACAACUGAUUGGCUCAAACGCAUUAAGAAGGAAAGAAAUUCCACAAAUUAACUUUUAACUAGGCACAUCUCAUGAAGCUGGUUGAGAGAAUGCCAAGAGUGUGCAAAGCUGUCAUCAAGGCAAAAGGUGGCUACUUUAAAGAAUCUCAAAUAUAAAAUAUAUUUUGAUUUUAACCCUUUUUUGGUUACUACAUGAUUCCGUAUGUGUUAUUUCAUAGUUUUGAUGUCUUCACUAUGAUUCUACAAUGUAGAAAAUAGUAAGAAAUAAAGAAAAACCCCUGAAUGAGUAGGUGUGUCCAAACUUUUGACUGGUACUGUACAUGAUCACUAGAAUGUUGGGAAUAGUAUUCAAAUGAUUGAUUGGGUAGUUUAAACCGGUCUGCCAUUGUCGUAAAGUAGUCACGGGUAGUCUCUUAAAUUUCUUGUAACACAUGAUUCACAUACAGUUUGUAUCUAAGUUGACAUGGCUUUAAAUAAUUCCAAUGGAGCUGAUAAACUAGAUUGAGGAGGUAGGUAUUAGAUCCUGACUGUGUGCGUGCGCGUAUACACGUUCUUGCUGCACGUGCGCCAAUGCGAUUAUGAUCCACAGUUGUGUGGAUAUAGCCAGCCCAACACGGACCUCAAAGGGGAACCAGAAAGAAAUGAUGGGGUAUUAGCAAUCAGUUCCAAUUUGUAGGUCAGGAGUAAAUUAAAAAAAUUAGCCCGUGGAGAUUUGAGUCGUGUGUAGCUGAACGCUCACUUGGGGGGCGGGAGUUCCUGCUGAGGAGAGGAGGGAAAAGACAAAUAGAAAAACACUCCUCUGUUUGUGAAUGAACUGUGUCCAGACUCCACUCCAGAGAUAAGGCACUUUGACCAUUGUAUACAUAGUAUUUGUAAGGCAACAAACAAUCAAUAUUACGACAGUGGAUGAUGAUUCAGGAUUUUGGGUUAUAUCCAGUAAAGUGAUGUACUGAACACUUUUGAAAUGCAAAGCAUGUUCUUGGGGUUCAAUGGUUUGUAAUAUAACCAGUUGUUAAACCACAGAAAAUAUUUAUUUUGGCACAUUGAGCAUGGAUGUGUAGGUUAUUUACAUGAAUCUGCGGUUGAGUGUAUGCCCUAUUAUUGGGGGGAAGGGACACGCACGCCAGCACACACACCCACACAAAGAUCCCCAUUAAUUAUGAUAACCUUGUUAGUUCAGGUCUGUUAUAUGCAGAAAUCGCUCCACCAUUUCCUGGUUGCAAAAAUUAUAAAAGUUAGCGUAAUUUCAGUUUACAGUUGAAGUCGGAAGUUUACAUACACCUUAGCCAAAUGCAUUUAAACUCAGUUUUUCACAAUUCCUGACAUUUAAUCCUAGUAAAAAUGCACUGUCUUAGGUCAGUUAGGAUCACCACUUUAUUUUAAGAAUGUGAAAUUUCAGAAUAAUUGUAGAGUGAUUUUAUUUCAGCUUUUAUUUCUUUCAUCACAUUCCCAGUUGGUCAGAAGUUUACAUACACUCAAUUAGUAUUUGGUAGCAUUGCCUUUAAAUUGUUUAACUUGGGUCAAAUGUUUCGGGUAGCCUUCCACAAGCUUCCCACAAUAAGUUGGGUGAAUUUUGGCCCAUUCCUCCUGACAGAGCUGGUGUAACUGAGUCAGGUUUGUAGGCCUCCUUGCUCGCACACGCUUUUUCAGUUCUGCCCACAGAUUUCCUAUAGGAUUGAGGUCAGGGCUUUGUGAUGGCAACUCCAAUACCUUGACUUUGUUGUCCUUAAGCCAUUUUGCCACAACUUUGGAAGUAUGCUUGGGGUCAUUGUCCAUUUGGAAGACCCAUUUGCGACCAAGCUUUAACUUCCUGACUGAUGUCUUGAGAUGUUGCUUCAAUAUAUCCACAUAAUUUUCCUUCCUCAUGAUGCCAUCUAUUUUGUGAAGUGCACCAGUCCCUCCUGCAGCAAAGCACCCCCACAGCAUGAUGUUGCCACCCCGUGCUUCACAGUUGGGAUGGUGUUCUUCGGCUUGCAAGCCACCCCCUUUUUCCUCCAAACAUAACGAUGGUCAUUAUGGCCAAACAGUUCUAUUUUCGUUUCAUCAGACCAGAGGACAUUUCUCCAAAAAGUACGAUCUUUGUCCCCAUGUGCAGUUGCAAACCGUAGUCUUGCUUUGCUGUUGUUCUGGGAUUGAUUUGCACUUUUCGCACGAAAGUACGUUCAUCUCUAGGAGACAGAAUGCGUCUCCUUCCUGAGCAGUAUAAUGGCUGGGUGGUCCCAUGGUGUUUAUACUUGCGUACUAUUGUUUGUACAGAUGAACGUGGUACCUUCAGGCGUUUGGAAAUUGCUCCCAAGGAUGAACCAGACUUGUGGAGGUCUUCAAUUUUUUUCCUGAGGUCUUGGCUGAUUUCUUUUGAUUUUUCCCAUGAUGUCAAGUAAAGAGGCAAUGAGUUUGAAUUUAGGUCUUGAAAUACAUCCACAGGUACACCUCCAAUUGACUCAAAUGAUGUCAAUAAGCCUAUCAGAAGCUUCUAAAGCCCUGACAUCAUUUUCUGGAAUUUUCCAAGCUGUUUAAAGGCACAGUCAACUUAGUGUAUGUAAACUUCUGACCCACUGGAAUUGUGAUACAGUGAAUUAUAAGUGAAAUAAUCUGUCUGUAAGCAUUUGUUGGAAAAAUUACUUGUGUCAUGCACAAAGUAGAUGUCCUAACCGACUUGCCAAAACUGUAGUUUGUUAACAAGAAAUUUGUGGAGUGGUUGAAAAACGAGCUUCAAUGACUCCAACAUAAGUGUAUGUAAACUUCCGACUUCAACUGUAUGUGAUAAAACAAGCAAUGCAUAGUGUAGAGAGUCAUUUUACCAUCUAAACUGCUGUGAAAUAUUCUUUCAAUAACCAAAAAUAUUGUAUUUUCAGCUGUUUGAAGCUGGUGUACAAAACCGAAAGUUAAAAAAGCACAAGAAUGGGAAGCAUAGAAAUAGUGCACAUAGAACAGAUCUACCACUUCUUAGACUUGCUUUCAGUGAGAAUGACAGAUCGAUAACGGGUCACCCAAAACGUUACAUAUUGCAGCUUUAAGUAGAGGCCAGUUUUAGUGCAUGCCUUUCUGUUUCAAUUAUUGACCCUGUUACCUUUUAUGCUUUUUGAGCACAAGUGAUACUUAGGGUCAUUUUAUAUACAUUAUUGGACAAACAAAUUAUACAAAUGUGCAUAUUUCUUUGCUUAUCUAGCAUCGUAAUGAUCCUGCAUAACAAAUUUGACAAAUUGCAUUAGCCUACUUCCUGAUAUGAGAUUCAGUCUAUGUAGAUUAUUGUCAUAGGUAGGUAUAUUAUGUUAGGUACAGUGAGGGAAAAAAGUAUUUGAUCCCCUGCUGAUUUUGUACGUUUGCCCACUGACAAAGAAAUUAUCAAUCUAUAAUUUUAAUGGUAGGUUUAUUUGAACAGUGAGAGACAGAAUAACAACAAAUAAUCCAGAAAAACGCAUGUCAAAAAUGUUAUAAAUUGAUUUGCGUUUUAAUGAGGGAAAUAAGUAUUUGACCCCACUCUCAAUCAGAAAGAUUUCUGGCUCCCAGGUGUCUUUUAUACAGGUAACGAGCUGAGAUUAGGAGCACACUCUUAAAGGGAGUGCUCCUAAUCUCAGUUUGUUACCUGUAUAAAAGACACCUGUCCACAGAAGCAAUCAAUCAAUCAGAUUCCAAACUCUCCACCAUGGCCAAGACCAAAGAGCUCUCCAAGGAUGUCAGGGACAAGAUUGUAGAACUACACAAGACUGGAAUGGGCUACAAGACCAUCGCCAAGCAGCUUUGUGAGAAGGUGACAACAGUUGGUGCUAUUAUUCGCAAAUGGAAGAAACACAAAAUAACUGUCAAUCUCCCUCGGCUUGGGGCUCCAUGCAAGAUUUCACCUCGUGGAGUUGCAAUGAUCAUGAGAACGGUGAGGAAUCAGCCCAGAACUACAUGGGAGGAUCUUGUCAAUGAUCUCAAGGCAGCUGGGACCAUAGUCACCAAGAAAACAAUUGGUAACACACUACGCCGUGAAGGACUGAAAUCCUGCAGCGCCCGCAAGGUCCCCCUGCUCAAGAAAGCACAUAUACAGGGCCGUCUGAAGUUUGCCAAUGAACAUCUGAAUGAUUCAGAGGAGAACUGGGUGAAAGUGUUGUGGUCAGAUGAGACCAAAAUCGAGCUCUUUGGCAUCAACUCAACUCGCCGUGUUUGGAGGAGGAGGAAUGCUGCCUAUGACCCCAAGAACACCAUCCCCACCGUCAAACAUGGAAGUGGAAACAUUAUGCUUUGGGGGUGUUUUUCUGCUAAGGGGACAGGACAACUUCACCGCAUCAAAGGGAUGAUGUACCGUCAAAUCUUGGGUGAGAACCUCCUUCCCUCAGCCAGGGCAUUGAAAAUAGGUCAUGGAUGGGUAUUCCAGCAUGACAAUGACCCAAAACACACGGCCAAAGCAACAAAGGAGUGGCUCAAGAAGAAGCACAUUAAGGUCCUGGAGUGGCCUAGCCAGUCUCCAGACCUUAAUCCCAUAGAAAAUCUGAGGAGGGAGCUGAAGGUUCGAGUUGCCAAACGUCAAUCUCGAAACCUUAAUGACUUGGAGAAGAUCUGCAAAGAGGAGUGGGAACAAAAUCCCUCCUGAGAUGUGUGCAAACCUGGUGGCCAACUACAAGAAACGUCUGAUCUCUUUGAUUGCCAACAAGGGUUUUGCCACCAAGUACUAAGUCAUGGUUUGCAGAGGGGUCAAUACUUAUUUCCCUCAUUAAAAUGCAAAUCAAUUUAUAACAUUUUUGACAUGCGUUUUUCUGGAUUUUUUUGUUGUUAUUCUGUCUCUCACUGUUCAAAUAAACCUACCAUUAAAAUUAUAGACUGAUCAUGUCUUUGUCAGUGGGCAAACGUACAAAAUCAGCAGGGGAUUAAAUACUUUUUUCCCCUCACUGUAUAUUACAUGAGGUAUUUUAUGUUGGUGUUGUCCCUUCACCAUAUGUCGUAAUCUAAAACAUAGCCUAUGACUUCAGUAUUAUUCACCAUCCUGCUCCUUCUAUUGUGUAAUAAUUGGCCACUGAGUUAUAGUUAAUAGUCCUUCUGUUACUAUGAGGCCAACAACAACCUUCUGUGUCUCAUUGUAUUCCCUCUCAGCUGUGAAUGAUACUUAACAAUGAACCAGUUACUGUCAUGUGUUUGAUUUGAUUCAGGGCGAUCAGGAAGUUGACCGCUGACCAUGUCGGGACAACCGUUUAACUUCUCAUACGAAAGACAGCACCCUACCCAUGACAAUGUUCCCGAACACUGCCCUGGGGCAUUGGGAUAUUACACACCGACCCUAACCUUGACCUGUUGAACCCUCUAUGUGGCCCCAUAGCUAGCCCCUAAUGAGAGGAGCAGAGGGCUUGGGUCUGUCUAGUAGUGCAGAUAGUGUUCCUGACCUUACUGUGUUGCUCCUCUUCAGGUGGCGCUGGUGCGGUGGACGGAGAGCGUAGGCCUGACUCUGGUGAACAGGGACCUGACCUCCCUGCAGCUGAAGACCCCAGCAGGACAGAUCCUAACCUACAACAUCCUGCAGAUCUUCCCCUUCACCUCCGAGAGCAAGAGGAUGGGCAUCAUCGUCCGGGUAUGGACUUAGUUUUGCUGACCAUUACAUGUGUGGUAACAAUGUGUGUGUGUGUGCGUUAGUCAGACCUGGGUUUAAAUACUAUUUGAAAUCAUUUAAAAUACUUAAGCUGUGCUUGAUUGAGCUUUCCUGUUGCAAUGGAACCAAUAGAAAAGUCAGAAAGGUGCAAACCCCAUCUAGGCAGGUUAACACAAACAUUCAAUGCAUUUGAAAGAUUUGAAAGUAGUAUUUGAAUUCAGGUCUGGUGUUAGUAUGAUAUGGCACUGAAAUGCUUUUUAUAUGAUUAUACAUCUAUAAUUUUGUUCAUAUUUUGAUCUAGGAGGAGACCACAGGUGACAUCACAUUUUAUAUGAAGGGCGCUGAUGUUGCCAUGGCGUGUAUCUUGCAGUACAAUGAUUGGCUGGAGGAGGAG